AUGAUUGCCGUGGGUAAAGAAAGCGAGAUUGUCCAAAAAGCCGAAGUAGUAAUGCCUAGUGCUAUUCCCGUGCGAAAUGUGGCUAAUUACAUUGCUGCUAAUCCUAAUAACCGCUCCCAUGUUGACGCAAUUUUAUUUGGCAGUGAAAGUUUUAUCCCUUACUGGCAACAAGUUCACGUUAAAGACAGCACUCAUGUCUACGCUGACAUUAACGAAAAAGAUUUAUUAGAGUUCUGCGAAUUCUUGUUCCCCUCUAACCUGGCUACUAACAAUAACCAAUUAAUUAGUUUACAAACCGGACAAAUUGCCGGGACAGCUAAUGAUUACCGUUUAACCAGUGGUGCCAAUAAUUAUGAUUUACACAGCAAAGAUUAUAAGAAUUUAACUUUAUUCCCGCUUUACGAAACUUCUACCACCGAAGUAAAGAAAUUUAAUAAAACGCACGAUCUAGAUAAAGUAGAGGACGCUAACGACGCUGAUGCUGAUAAAUCCUCCGCCUUAUACGCUUUGGCUCACAACUAUCCUUUAAGCAAAGAUAAAUUAAUUGACGGCACUAACCUUAUUCCCCAAAGCGAACCCAACAGCGAAGAAUACUUAAAGAAAAAAGCCGAGUUAGACGCGAAAAAGCUAGAAUUAGACGAAGUCCAAGCAAAAUACGACGUUGACCUAUCUGACCACAAUGCUAACAACCAACGCAUUAAAGAGUUAGAAAAAGAAUUAGGCAAAUACACCAAGAAAGAUAAAAACGCUCUGCACGCGAAAUUAAAAAGGGUUCAGAACCAAAUUGAAGCCACCUAUGACGCUACUAACCAGAAGUGA